AGUUCUUCAUACUCAAUUACACGGGCCAAAAAAAAAAAAAAAAAAGAAGCAAAAUGCCCAACUUUUCAUCUUAGUCCGUACUUUAGUGUAAUUAUUUUCUGAACGAUAUAUUGAAUUGGAUCAGUUUUGGUAGAUAAAACUCAUUCACUCACCCCCACUAUCAUAUUGCUCUUUAUUUUCGCUCUCUCUCUCUGUGCUUCACUCAACUAGCUUUUCUGAAAGUUUUCUCCUGAAUAAUAAUGGAGUUACUAGAUGUUCUUAUCCUCUUUGCCGCAAUAGUAUUCGUCCGCUUAUGGUGGCGUUACUGGUCGGUCACCGGCGGUGGACGUAAGAACCUCCCGCCUGGACCACCGGGUUGGCCGCUCGUUGGAAACCUCAUCCAAGUUAUCCUCCAACGCCGUCCUUUCAUAUUUAUAGUCCGUGAUUUACGUAAAAAAUACGGCCCAAUCUUCACCAUGCAAAUGGGUCAGCGCACGCUGGUCAUCGUCACCAGUUCCGAACUCAUCCACGAAGCCCUAGUCCAGAGAGGACCAACUUUCGCCAGCCGACCAGCUGACUCCCCCAUCCGGCUCCUAUUCAGCGUCGGGAAAUGCGCCAUAAACUCGGCGGAAUACGGGCCUCUCUGGCGGACUCUGAGGCGGAACUUCGUCACGGAGCUCAUAAACCCGGCGAGGAUAAAGCAAUGCAGUUGGAUAAGAAGUUGGGCGCUGGAGCACCACAUGAAGAGGCUUCGCAGGGAAGCUUCGGAGAACGGCUUCGUGGAGGUCAUGAGCAACUGUAGGCUUACUAUCUGUAGCGUCCUGAUAUGCCUAUGCUUCGGAGCGAAAAUCUCAGAGGAUCGGAUUAAGAAAAUCGAGAACGUACUAAAAGACGUCAUGCUGAUGACAACGCCGAAGCUCCCCGAUUUCUUGCCGGUGCUAACUCCGCUGUUUCGCCGGCAAGUUCGGGAAGCGAAAGAGCUGAGGAAGAAGCAGAUGGAAUGCCUGACUCCGCUUUUGAGAAAGAGAAGGUCGUUUGUGGAAAACGGUGGAAAAGUUGACGAGGAGAUGGUUAGUCCUGCUGGUGCUGCUUAUAUCGACUCGCUUUUCGACCUCCAAGCUCCCGGUCGUGGCCGGUUGGGGGAGGAUGAGCUCAUAACAUUGUGUUCCGAAGCUAUCAACGCCGGAACCGAUACGAGUGCCACGACCGUCGAGUGGGCCCUGCUUCACUUGGUCACCAACCAAGAGAUUCAAGACAAGUUGUAUGAAGAGAUCGUCCAGUGCGUCGGAAAAGACGGAGUUGUGACGGAAAACGACGUCGAAAAAAUGCGGUAUCUCGGCGCCGUGGUCAAGGAGACUUUCCGACGGCAUCCGCCGAGCCAUUUCGUGCUGUCUCAUGCUGCCGUGAAGGAGACGGAGCUCGGUGGGUAUACGAUUCCGGCGGAUGCAAGCGUGGAGUUUUACACUGCGUGGGUGACUGAGGAUCCGAAUCUGUGGAAGGAUCCGGGUGAGUUCCGACCCGAGAGGUUCCUGGAUGGAGAUGGAGUGGAUGUGGAUGUGACGGGGACGAGGGGAGUGAAGAUGGUGCCGUUCGGAGCCGGACGGCGGAUCUGUCCGGCGAUGACUUUGGGAACUCUGCACGUGAACUUGCUGCUUGCUAGGAUGGUCCAAGCUUUUAAAUGGUUACCCGUUCCGAAUAGCCCCCCCGACCCGACUGAGACCUUCGCUUUUACUGUAGUGAUGAAGGACCCUCUUAAGGCUGUGAUUUUGCCGAGAAGAAAUUAAAUUAUUCUUAUUCCCCGGUUAAAGGCAUUUUGAUAUAUGCUCGUAGCCCAUACUGUUACUGUUGAUGUUCAUUGAUAUCACUUUUACUGUUUUUCCUUUUUUUUUUUUUUUUUUUUAAUUGGUCUCGGUGUUCCUGGUAUUGCUUGCUGAGUAGCCAUUAUUAUUAUUAUUUUGUUUGUGGAGGGAUCAUAUAAUAUAUAUUAUAUUAUGUAGUAGAAGCAAUGAAUUUGUAUUGGAAUAGAAUACAGAAUUUAUGAAUCAAAUGCA